GAAAUCUUCAAGAACCGGGAAACCGUGCAUCAGGACGAGCUCAUCGAUGUGCUCCUCACUGAGCUGGAUCUGCCGAACACGCAGACCUCCUUGAGCAAAAAGGCGCCGAUCUAUGGCUCGCACCCAUCGCUUUCGGGGCAACAGGCCCCGUCCGAGGGCGAAGCAGCAGGCGCGGCCGACUCCUCGGCCAUGCCGGCCGAGAACCGGGGCCUGCCUCCUGGGCAACCUGCCUCGCUGAAGCUCGUGCGCGGGGAUAUCGAGGCCUUUGUCGUGACGCAGCGCCACAACCGCGAUCACGAGGUAGACAUCAAACAGUUGAUCGACAAUGUCUACAAGCCACCGGACGAGAAGAAGGUCAUCCACUAUGUCAACGAUGGCCUGAACCGCGCACUCCGCGGCAACCCACCGCCACGAGAGCGCCCAGCAGACCACGAGGUGCCCAGAUAUGAGAACUAUUGGCAAGCGAGGUAUCUCAUGGAGGCUCUUGCGGAUGCGAUCGCGCUCGUGGAGAACUCCAACGGUGGCAAACUGAAGCCGUCGAAAAUGUUCAAGCGCAUG